UUCCCCCAUUCUAUUUUACAAGAACCAAAAAUAAGCUUUUUACAACCCCUAAAAAACAGGAAAAAAAUGGGCUCUUUGGUAGGGCAUGUAGCACCAGGUCUUGGUUUCUUUUUUAUUGGUAUUUGGCAUUUACUUAACCAUAUUAAACUACAUGCUUUGCACCCAAAAUCCUACACUUCACUUUCAUGGUUUCCUACUCCAAAAAUAAGGUAUUUUGAACUUUUCUUGAUUUUGUUUGGUACCAUUAUUUCAAUAUCUAUGGAACUUUUUAUUGGUCCAGAAAAACACCAACCUCUAGAUAUUGAUGGAACUAUUCCAUCUAAUCAUCUUAGAAGUUUUGAACAUUCAAACAUCUCCCUAAGUUUCUUUGUAUAUGCACUUUUCUCCAUCAUCUUUGACAAAGUUGCACUUUCACCCCAAAUCCGGUGUGGACUUACACAAUUUCUUGCAUCCAUUGCUUUUGGCCAAGAAUUUCUUCUUUUCCACCUUCACUCAACUGACCAUAUGGGUGUUGAAGGACAAUAUCAUUGGCUUCUCCAAAUAAUUAUUUUUGUGACUUUAGUCACUACACUUUUGGGAAUUCCUUUUCCUAAUAGUUUCUUGAAUAGUUUUGUGAGAUCUUAUAGUAUUAUAUUUCAAGGAAUUUGGUUUAUAGUCACAGGAAUUAUGAUUUGGACCCCAGAGUUUAUUCCAAAAGGUUGUGUUCUAAAAUCAGAUGAUGGUCAUGAAGUUGUUACAUGCCAUAAUAUUGAAGCCCUAGAAAGAGCAAAAUCAUUGAUAAAUAUAGAAUUUAGUUGGUAUUUAGUUGGGGUUACUAUUUUUGUAAUCUCAAUUUAUUUGGUUCUAAUCAAGAAUAUUUAUCAAGAGAAAAUUGAGUACCAAUUUUUAGCAAGCAAGUUUGAGGAGGAAAAGGGUUUAGAAGAUGUUGAAGCUCAAGAAAAGAACCAAAUUGAUAAGAAGUUUGUUGAAAUGGAGAAAAUGUUUUCUCUAUGAAUUAUGGAAAGCUAAAAGACAAGAAAGAAUAUAAUAUUGGAAAAUAAGAGAAAGGAAUAAAACAAUUUGUUGCUAGGGUUGUGUUGUAUAUUUAUUGUGCACAAUUAAAUGUAUAAUUGUGGACUAAGUUGAUGUAAAAAUAUACCCAAAAAUAAAUAUGAUAAAUAUAUAAUGAUAUGCUAUAAAGAUUUGUGUC